AUGAUUAAGGUUGUUAAGAAUUGUUUGCGAAAGGUUUUGUAUCAUAUGAGAGUCAAUUUAGAUGAACUUCAGACUGUGGUUGUUGAGAUUCACUCUCGUGUUAAUAAUAGACCGCUCACUUAUAUCAACAGUGAUCGGAUGUCUCCAGGACCCUUGUCCCCUUCAUAUCUCCUAUAUGGCAGAUCGAUUAAAGCUAUGCCACCUGUAGUUUUAGAGGAUGAAUCUGAUCCUACCUUCAUGGACCACGAUCAAUUGAAUAAGCAGUUUUCCCUAUUGUCUUGUAUCAUUUCCAAGUUUGAGAAGAUUUGGAAGAAUGAAUAUAUAAUUUCAUUAAGAGAACGUCAUUAUGGUUCUGGUAGACCUAGGGAAUUGAAUAAUCUUAAAGUUGGGGAUGUUGGUUUGGCCCAAGUUGAAUCUCCAAGAAGUGAGUGGCCUUUAUGUAGAAUUGUUGAGCUUCGACCUGAUUCAGAAGGAGUCAUACGUUCCGUAGAUGUGUACUGCAAAGGUCAUGUCAGUACACGAACUGUUGAAAAGCUUGUACAUUUGGAGGUUAGUGAACCAGUGAAUGAGGAACUUAUAGGUAAUCUUGAUGAUAAUGUGAAUACUGAUGCUCCUAGUUCUGAAAUACCUCAUCCCCCUGGUCAAAUGAUUGAAACACGUCCUCAACAUGCUAGCAAAACUAGAGCUACAGCAGAGAGGAGAGAGCUCAUAAAACAAGGAGCUCUGUAA